AUGAAGACUUCACUCGUCCUCCUCUCGGCCGCAACGGCUCUCGGUAUGGUUUCUGCCGCCGACAGCGACGUGAUCCUCGGUGUCGCACUCUUCGGCCGUCACGGUGACCGAACGCCGAAAAUUCUCGGAAAUACAAAGUUGACAGCCCUCGGCAAAAACCAAGUCUACAGCGCCGGCUCCUACAUCCGCAACUACUACCUCUCCAACACAUCCUCCUCCUCCCUCACCUCCGACGCGACCAUUUCGAUCUCCAACCUCGAGAUCCAAGCGCCCGACACCUCCGUCCUAACCCAAACUGCCUUCGCCUUCGCCCAAGGUCUCUUCCCCCCUUCCUCCUCCAUCCAAACCGAGACAUUGGCAAACGGCACCGAAGUCUCAACUCCCUUGGAUGGGUACCAGUACCCAAACCUCGAGGGAAUCCCCUCCGAUGCGCCCGAGGCAUACAUCAACGAAGGCACCACCCAAUGCCCACAAUACGAUCUAGAGACGGAAUACUACUCCGCGAAUGAUGUUUACACCUCAACCCUAUCCUCCUCUCAAUCGCUCUACGACUCGAUCGCUCCUCUGGUUCAGGGCAUCGGCGGCUGGAAUUCGAGCACGAUUAACUUUGGGAACGCGUACAAGAUCUUCGACUACCUCAACUACGGCUCCGUUCACAACGAGACCAUCGCGUCACAGUUGUCUUCGGAGACUUUGGAUCAGCUCAGGAUCUUAGCCGACCAGCACGAGUUUGCGCUCAACUACAACGCGACGGAUCCAGCGUACAACAUCGGCGGGCGCUCUCUCAUGUCGGAGGUUUUGACCAACCUCAACGCCUCCGCCGUCGAAUCACAGAAAAUUUCGUAUGCGGCUGGUUCGUACGCAAAUUUCAUGUCCCUCUUCGCGCUGAUGAACCUCACCGCCGCUUCCGCCGAUUUUUACGGGUUACCUGGGUACGCCUCAACGUUCUCCUUCGAGCUUCGCGCACCGACAAAUACCACCACAGACCCCGCCUCGAUGUCGAUCCGAUUCCUCUUCCGUAACGGGACUGCGGUGUCGUCCGAACUUACGGCGUUCCCACUCUUCGGGGGUUCGGAGGUUGAUGUUCCCUAUGAGACUUUCGUGAAGGAGUUGAAGACGCGUGGGGCGUUGAUGACGACGAGGGCGUGGUGUAACGCUUGUGCUUCCCAUGCCUCGGUCUGUACCGCGUUCCUCCUCGACUACGACACGAACGCGUAUAUGGGCCGCGAGUACCCCGUUUCGCCACUUGGAGCUGGGUUUAUUGGGGCGGGUGUUAUGGCGGUCGUGAUGACGCUUUUGGUGUUUGUGUUGUUUAGUGUUGUGAGGAGGUUGAGGGGUGGGGUUGAUAAGUUGGGCGGUGGGAGGAGGGGGAGUUUUGGGAGUGAUGAGACGAAGGUUACGAGAGUUGGGGAGAUGGCGGAGGAGAAGGUGUAA